GCGGCGGCGGCGGCAUCUCGGUCCGUUGAGGUGGCUGCAGAGGCAGCGGCGACCCUGAGGACCCUGGGCACGCGGGUUGCUCGCGGCUGCUCGCGGCGAGCCCGGGAGUGAUGGCCAGGCCUCCGCGGGCCACCUGAGCUGAGGCGCCCCGCCCUGCCCUGCCGGCCCCUCCCGGUCCCUCCCGGCCCAGCCCUGCCCUGCCCUGCCCGGCUCCCCGCCGGCUGCUGCCAGGCGCUUCCUAGUCGGCGCGGGCGGACGCCCAGGCGAGGUGCGGCCUCCGCCCAGGCGGGGGUGUCGGCGCGCGGGGCCCCGCCAUGGCCGCGUCCGAGCUCUACACAAAGUUUGCUAGGGUUUGGAUACCUGAUCCUGAGGAAGUUUGGAAGUCAGCAGAGCUGCUCAAAGAUUAUAAGCCUGGAGAUAAAGUCCUCCUGCUUCACCUUGAAGAAGGAAAGGAUUUGGAAUACCGUCUAGAUCCAAAGACCAAGGAGCUGCCUCAUCUACGAAACCCUGACAUACUUGUUGGUGAAAAUGACCUCACUGCCCUCAGCUAUCUCCAUGAGCCUGCUGUGCUCCAUAAUCUCAGAGUUCGCUUUAUUGAUUCCAAACUCAUUUAUACAUAUUGUGGUAUAGUCCUAGUAGCUAUAAAUCCCUAUGAACAGCUGCCUAUUUAUGGAGAAGAUAUUAUUAAUGCUUACAGUGGUCAGAACAUGGGUGAUAUGGAUCCACAUAUCUUUGCAGUAGCUGAAGAAGCUUAUAAACAAAUGGCCAGAGAUGAGCGGAAUCAGUCCAUCAUUGUAAGCGGAGAGUCUGGGGCAGGAAAAACAGUCUCAGCUAAAUAUGCCAUGCGAUACUUUGCAACUGUAAGUGGUUCUGCCAGUGAGGCCAAUGUUGAAGAGAAGGUCUUGGCCUCCAACCCCAUCAUGGAGUCUAUUGGAAAUGCUAAAACAACCAGGAAUGAUAACAGCAGUCGUUUUGGGAAGUACAUUGAGAUUGGUUUUGAUAAGAGAUAUAGAAUCAUUGGUGCCAAUAUGAGAACUUACCUUUUAGAGAAAUCCAGAGUGGUAUUCCAGGCAGAAGAGGAGAGAAACUAUCAUAUCUUCUAUCAACUUUGUGCCUCAGCACAAUUACCUGAAUUUAAAAUGCUGCGAUUAGGAAAUGCAAAUAGCUUUCAUUACACAAAGCAGGGAGGUAGCCCUGUGAUUGAAGGAGUGGAUGAUGCAAAGGAGAUGGUACACACCAGGCAGGCCUGCACUCUACUAGGAAUUAGUGAAUCUUAUCAAAUGGGAAUUUUUCGAAUACUUGCUGGCAUCCUUCACUUAGGCAAUGUUGGAUUUACUUCUCGAGAUUCAGACAGCUGCACAAUACCUCCCAAGCAUGAACCUCUCAGCAUCUUCUGUGACCUCAUGGGUGUGGAUUAUGAGGAGAUGUGUCAUUGGCUCUGUCAUCGGAAGCUGGCUACUGCCACAGAGACGUACAUCAAGCCCAUCUCCAAGCUGCAGGCCACAAAUGCCCGUGAUGCUUUGGCCAAGCACAUCUAUGCCAAGCUCUUUAACUGGAUUGUAGAUCAUGUCAAUCAGGCUCUGCAUUCUGCUAUUAAGCAGCACUCUUUUAUUGGGGUGCUGGACAUUUAUGGAUUCGAAACUUUUGAGAUAAAUAGUUUUGAGCAGUUUUGUAUAAAUUAUGCAAAUGAAAAACUACAGCAACAAUUCAACAUGCAUGUCUUCAAAUUAGAACAAGAAGAAUACAUGAAAGAACAAAUUCCAUGGACACUUAUAGAUUUUUAUGAUAACCAACCUUGUAUUAAUCUUAUAGAAUCUAAACUGGGCAUUCUAGACUUGCUGGAUGAGGAAUGCAAGAUGCCUAAAGGUACAGAUGACACUUGGGCCCAAAAAUUGUACAACACACAUUUGAACAAAUGUGCGCUCUUUGAAAAGCCUCGCCUAUCAAACAAAGCUUUCAUUAUCCAACAUUUUGCUGACAAAGUGGAAUACCAGUGUGAAGGCUUUCUUGAAAAAAAUAAAGACACUGUUUUUGAGGAACAAAUUAAAGUUCUUAAGUCAAGCAAGUUUAAGAUGCUACCAGAACUAUUUCAAGAUGAUGAAAAAGCCAUUAGUCCAACCUCAGCCACCUCUUCAGGACGAACACCCCUCACCCGCGCUCCUACAAAGGCCACCAAAGGCAGACCAGGCCAGAUGGCCAAAGAGCACAAGAAAACAGUGGGGCAUCAGUUCCGAAAUUCCCUUCACCUGCUUAUGGAGACCCUCAAUGCCACUACUCCUCACUAUGUGCGCUGUAUUAAGCCUAAUGACUUCAAGUUUCCAUUCACGUUUGAUGAGAAGAGGGCUGUGCAGCAACUGAGAGCAUGUGGUGUCCUGGAAACCAUCCGAAUCAGUGCAGCAGGUUUCCCCUCACGGUGGACUUACCAAGAAUUUUUCAGUCGCUACCGAGUCCUAAUGAAGCAAAAAGAUGUGCUAGGUGAUAGAAAGCAAACAUGCAAGAAUGUGUUAGAGAAACUGAUACUGGACAAGGACAAAUACCAGUUUGGUAAGACAAAGAUCUUUUUCCGUGCUGGUCAAGUGGCCUAUCUGGAAAAAUUGAGGGCAGACAAACUGAGGGCUGCCUGCAUUCGGAUCCAGAAGACCAUCCGAGGUUGGCUGUUAAGGAAGAAGUACCUACGCAUGCGUAAAGCAGCCAUCACUGUGCAGAGAUAUGUGCGGGGCUACCAGGCUCGAUGCUAUGCUAAAUUUCUGCGCAGAACCAAGGCAGCAAUCAUCAUUCAGAAAUACUGGCGCAUGUACGUGGUCCGCAGGAGGUACAAGAUUAAACAAGCUGCCACUAUUGUUCUUCAAUCUUAUCUGCGAGGAUACUUGGCCAGAAAUAGGUAUCACAAGAUACUACGUGAACACAAAGCAGUCAUCAUUCAGAAGUGGGUUCGGGGUUGGCUGGCUCGUACACAUUACAAGAGGAGCAUGCAUGCCAUAAUCUACCUUCAGUGCUGCUUCCGGAGAAUGAUGGCUAAACGUGAGCUUAAGAAGCUCAAAAUUGAGGCUCGCUCCGUGGAACGCUAUAAGAAGCUCCACAUUGGCAUGGAGAACAAGAUUAUGCAGCUGCAGCGUAAAGUCGAUGAGCAGAAUAAAGACUACAAAUGCCUUAUGGAGAAACUGACCAGUCUGGAAGGAACAUACAACUCUGAGACUGAGAAACUACGGAGUGACCUAGAACGUCUUCAGCUUAGUGAGGAAGAAGCUAAGGUUGCCACUGGACGGGUUCUUAGUCUGCAGGAAGAAAUUGCCAAGCUUCGGAAAGACCUGGAACAAACUCGGUCAGAGAAAAAAACCAUUGAAGAACGAGCAGAUAGAUAUAAACAAGAAACCGAGCAGCUGGUAUCAAAUCUGAAGGAAGAAAAUACUUUGUUGAAGCAGGAAAAAGAGACCCUUAAUCACCUUAUUGUGGAGCAAGCUAAGGAGAUGACAGAAACUAUGGAGAAGAAGCUCGUAGAAGAAACAAAACAACUGGAACUUGAUCUUAAUGAUGAAAGGCUGAGAUACCAGAACCUUCUGAAUGAGUUCAGUCGCCUUGAAGAAAGAUAUGAUGACCUCAAGGAAGAGAUGACCCUCAUGGUGAAUGUGCCUAAGCAUGGACACAAGAGAACAGACUCCACCCAUAGCAGCAAUGAGUCUGAAUAUACUUUUAGUUCUGAAAUUGCAGACACUGAAGAUAUUCCAUCAAGAACAGAGGAGCCAAGCGAAAAGAAGGUACCUCUGGACAUGUCCUUGUUUCUCAAGCUUCAGAAGCGGGUCACUGAGCUAGAGCAGGAGAAGCAGGUGAUGCAGGAUGAGCUGGACCGCAAGGAGGAGCAGGUGCUACGCAGCAAAGCAAAGGAAGAAGAAAGACCACAAAUUAGAGGUGCAGAACUGGAAUAUGAGUCCCUCAAGCGUCAAGAACUAGAGUCAGAAAACAAAAAACUGAAAAAUGAGCUAAAUGAGUUACGAAAAGCUCUCAGUGAGAAAAGUGCCCCAGAGGUGACUGCUCCAGGUGCACCUGCCUACCGUGUCCUCAUGGAGCAGCUGACCUCUGUGAGUGAGGAACUCGAUGUCCGCAAGGAGGAAGUUCUUAUCUUGAGAUCUCAACUGGUGAGCCAGAAAGAGGCCAUCCAACCCAAGGAUGACAAGAAUACAAUGACAGAUUCCACAAUACUUUUGGAAGAUGUACAAAAAAUGAAAGAUAAAGGAGAAAUAGCACAAGCGUACAUUGGUUUGAAAGAAACAAAUAGAUCAUCUGCUAUGGAUUACCAUGAGUUGAAUGAGGAUGGAGAGCUGUGGCUGGUUUAUGAAGGGUUAAAACAAGCCAACAGGCUCCUGGAAUCCCAGCUGCAAUCACAGAAGAGGAGCCAUGAGAAUGAAGCGGAGGCCCUCCGAGGGGAGAUCCAGAGCCUGAAGGAGGAGAACAACCGGCAGCAGCAAUUGCUAGCUCAGAACCUACAGCUGCCCCCAGAGGCCCGCAUUGAGGCCAGCCUGCAGCACGAGAUCACCCGGCUGACCAAUGAAAACUUGGAUUUGAUGGAACAACUUGAAAAACAAGACAAGACUGUCCGGAAACUGAAAAAACAACUGAAAGUUUUUGCCAAAAAAAUUGGUGAACUAGAAGUGGGUCAGAUGGAGAACAUAUCUCCAGGACAGAUCAUUGAUGAGCCUAUCCGUCCAGUCAACAUUCCCAGGAAAGAAAAGGAUUUCCAAGGAAUGCUGGAAUAUAAGAAGGAGGAUGAGCAAAAGCUUGUUAAGAAUCUGAUUCUAGAACUAAAACCACGUGGUGUAGCAGUCAACUUGAUUCCAGGGCUACCAGCAUAUAUCUUGUUUAUGUGUGUUCGACAUGCCGACUACUUGAAUGAUGAUCAGAAAGUAAGGUCAUUACUAACAUCAACAAUUAACAGCAUCAAAAAAGUAUUGAAGAAAAGAGGUGAUGAUUUUGAAACUGUCUCCUUCUGGCUCUCUAACACAUGCCGAUUUUUGCACUGUUUGAAGCAGUAUAGUGGAGAAGAGGGCUUCAUGAAGCAUAACACCUCUCGUCAGAAUGAACACUGCCUCACCAAUUUUGACCUGGCUGAGUAUCGGCAGGUGCUGAGUGAUUUGGCCAUUCAGAUUUACCAGCAGCUUGUGCGGGUAUUAGAGAACAUCCUUCAACCAAUGAUUGUCUCAGGCAUGCUGGAGCAUGAAACAAUUCAGGGUGUGUCCGGGGUGAAGCCCACAGGGCUAAGAAAGCGAACCUCCAGUAUUGCUGAUGAAGGCACCUACACACUGGACUCCAUCCUUCGACAGCUCAACUCUUUCCACUCGGUCAUGUGUCAGCACGGCAUGGACCCAGAACUGAUCAAGCAGGUGGUCAAGCAGAUGUUCUACAUUGUGGGAGCCAUCACUCUGAACAACCUCCUCCUACGUAAGGACAUGUGUUCCUGGAGUAAAGGCAUGCAGAUCAGGUACAAUGUCAGUCAACUGGAAGAAUGGCUACGUGACAAGAAUCUAAUGAACAGUGGGGCAAAAGAAACCCUGGAACCUCUCAUUCAAGCUGCUCAGCUUUUGCAAGUGAAAAAGAAAACAGAUGAUGAUGCAGAAGCCAUUUGUUCCAUGUGCAAUGCUUUAACUACUGCCCAGAUUGUCAAAGUGUUGAAUUUGUAUACUCCAGUUAAUGAGUUUGAGGAAAGAGUGUCCGUCUCAUUUAUUCGUACUAUACAGAUGCGUUUACGAGAUAGGAAGGACUCGCCUCAGCUGCUCAUGGAUGCUAAACACAUCUUUCCCGUCACCUUUCCUUUUAAUCCAUCCUCCCUCGCACUAGAAACCAUCCAGAUUCCAGCCAGCCUGGGCCUGGGAUUCAUUUCACGGGUCUGAAAGUGAUGUCCAGGCAAACAUUGACUGUUUACUUCUUGUCUGGAUAAGAACCAUUAUUUCUAGUGAGGUACUGAAAAUAGAUUUUUAAAGAGAAAGUACUGAUUAUCUCUCAAACAAUAAGGUAUUAACUGGAAAUCUCCCUAGAGGCUUUCAUCAUCUUGGAAGAAAGAUAGGCUCCAUUGUGCUGUGUUAUCUUUAAAGCAACACUCAUCCUUGCUCAACUGGUACCCCUGGAUGAUGGGAGGGGGGAAAAAAAGAAAGGGAGGCAAGUGUGUCUUAUGUGGCCAACGUUUAUUUUAAGUUCUUAGCACUGCAUUUAGUGGUAUAAAAAAUAUAAAUUCCAUAUGCAUGGACUGUUGUUAGGAAGGCAACAAUGAAGAAUGACCUCUGUGCUAAACAGAAUUGAAAGAAAAAUCGCCAUUGAAUACAUAUCAGUUUAGGAACUAAUUAUGUUGAUAUGAUCAAACUGGAUCAAAUAAACUGGCAAUAUGUAAAGUAGUUGGUCAAGUAAAUUCCUUUUUUGUGUCACUAUGAUAUAGAGAUACUAAAAGAAUGUUGGUUUGCUAUAUAGCAUAGACGUCCAUCUGUACUGUAGCUUACUGAGCUUUUUAAAUUGCUGCUACAUAUCAUCUCCUUAAAAUGUAAAUGAUACUCUUAUUAGGCACUACAACAAUAAGCUUCUCUUUUGUCAACUGUUUACAAUUCAAGCAGAUCAGUUUUAACUGGAUUAUAUGCAAAUAUCUACAGAUUCACCUGCACAAGUAGCAGACACUGGGAAAUCAUGUAGUAAUAUGACAAAAUGCUUGACAUUUAGGGGUAGGAAUAGACAAAGUGACUAUUGUUGAUGUCACUGUUUAUUCAGGAUGUAUUACAUUUAUGUGCUCAUUAAUUUUCUCUGGGUGGGUAUUACAUCAGGGUACAGUGUUUUGUAAAGUGACUUUAUUUUAGUUCCCAGAUCAGAUUCCUGUAGUGUAUAUUUUCAACCUUGACAGGUUUUAUUUUUUCUUAAUUCAUUAAGAAUUAAUCUCAAUCACUCUCCAGAAAGGAUUGUCAGAAUAUUCAUGAUUCAGGUCUUAAAACUUUGAAUAUCCUAUAAAUUAUGCAAAAGAAGGUAUAUAAUAAAUAGUAUGAUUCAGGUUUUUUUAGACUUUGCAACUUCUAUAAAUGUUCUCAGAUACCACUAGAUACUUUAAAAAGCAUCAUAUUAGAAAUACCUUAAGAAGACUUAUAUAAGAAAUGUGGAAUUUUAUAGAGAAUUUGGUUCAGUAGGAUUCAAGUUCUAUAAGUUUUCAUUCUGAAAUUCUAAUUAAUCAUAUUCUCCAGUUUUUCUAGAAAUCUUAAUACAAAAAAAUCCUUCAGGUUGUACAAAAGCAAAUUACUAGCUUUCAUCAAAAACUCUGGUUCUUAAUUAUAAUCAUAGAUUUAUGUAAUUUAACUGUUAGAUGGUCUAUAAAAAUGACAUAUCUUAUUAAAAAUAUGUGCAAUAUUAUUUAUGGAAGUCAAACAGUUUCAAAUCAGUGAUAAAGAUUGUAUUAAAAAAUACUGUCUAUUAACUUGAGCCUCAAUUUCCUUGUUUAUAAAAUGAGAGAGUUGGGCAACUAAUUCUUAAGAUCCCUUCCACAUCUAAAAUUCUCUCCUUUCAGCACUUAGAUCCUGGAGAAAAAACUACAAUUUAGUCCAUCCUCUGUUGGAAAGACCAGUGUGUAGUGCCUGUCAUGUCCUUAGGAUUAAUAAAAUGUAAACUCACAAGUUUAUGUAGCUAUAACUUUUCUUAAGUGUACAUGAUUUAUGCACACAUACAUUUCAAAGGUACAUGCUUUUAGAAAGCCCUGUUUGUAUUAUUUGAAGGUAGUUUAAUUUUUAUUAUAUCAUGUACUGCUUUAUUCCAUUUUUAAAGCAUUUAUUUUCAGUAUGAAACCCCCAAAUACUAACUAGUCAGAUCCUGUUUUCCUGAUUGUCAGUGUGAUUUUCAAUGAACAGUUGACACUUUUAGCAAUUUGGUUAAUACUAAAUGUGUCAGAGUCUAACAGCACAGGUGAGACAUGGGGAGAGGGAGUUGCUAAGAAAGUACAACCAUGGUGCAGGCUGUCCACCUCAGCCCUGGCAGUCCUCCCUGGCCUUCUCCCAGCUUAGUCCUAUGUGGCAUGACCCAUGUACACAGACUUUGCCUUGUCUUCAAGAUCAUGCUGUAGCUCCCACUGUCACUGCAGCUCUUUUCCUUACUCCUGGCAUUUCAUGUCCUAAAGUGUCUGUGGUCUGGGACUUUCCUUCCUCUCCUCUGGUUUUUUGCUGUCAAGUGCUGUGGCCACUGUUCCACACUGAACCAGAGUAUCUACUGCCAUCCCAUUCAGUCUCUCUUAGUCCAGUGAUGGUGGCACAGUUUCUUCUAUUCCAGGGUUUGAUUCUCUCCAGGGCCUCCCCAGAAUCCCAAAGAGGGAUCAGAAUUAACUUCUCUUGAUUGCCUGAAGAAGAUGUUUAGUAUAACAAGAAUACCUUACAACCAGGGAACCUCAAGAGCUAGAAAUGACUCUGCGCACUACUUUGUUGAGGAUGCACAAAGAUUCUGCUGACUGCGGGUACCCAUUUGAGUACUGCUCACCUUCCCUCUUCCCACACUUUUUCAUCCACCUUCAUAUACACACCCCCAGUCUUUUCUCUCAGCGUAAUAAUAUAUUCCAUCAGCUGCUGACUGACCUGCUGACUGUUCACUUUAGGUGAACGUGUGGAGUCCGAUUCCUUUUGCCCUGCUGGCCUUCCUGGUGGCUCAUCUUUGCAUCAACCUUUGCACUGUUUGCUGUUCUCACAUUUGUGCAAUACGUUCUUUAACAUUACUGUUAAUGGACCUUUUCAUAGUUCCUCCAUGACACACAGUAGAAAUUCAAAGGAAGAGACCUUAGAAGCCCCCACAGUCUCCCUUUUCUAAUAGUCAUCACCCCUCUCCCAUUAGAUACAGACUUAACUUACACCCUUGGAAUGCAAAGCAAAAAGUAGAAGCUGUUCCCUUCCUAUGGUUUUGCUUAGGUUAAGGCUUCCAUCUGCCUUAAUAACCCUAAAAGGAGGAAAGAUGAAUAUCCACCAAGUAUAACUUCAUGGUUCUUUUAGAGGUUUUGAAAAUUCCCCAUGUGCCUGACACUGCUUUCCUCAGGCACAAAAUGCAAAAAUGUAUCCCAGAGCCGACCAAUGGAAGAUUGGAGAUCGGUGUCAGUUUGGAUGAUUUGUUUUAUUGUUCCUUCAUUUUAGUGGAUAAUUGAGAGUUGGCUCUUUAUAUGUAAUUAUGUGUACUGUAGAUCAAAUCUUUAAUAAUGUAGAGGAGGAGGCUAUGAAAAUACUUAAUUCAAAUUUCAGUGUAGUGCUCAUUGUGAGAGAUUAACUUCCCAGUAACCCCAGGAAAAUAGGACCUGCCACCAUCCCUGAAGUCCUUGCAUAAUUUAUCUCUCUGUCCCUGCUUUUCUGUCUCUCUCCCCCUGACACAAACACACACACACACACACCCUGAGUCACAAUUCACAGAGUUCCUCAGGAGGCAUACCCAAGGGGUCUAAGCUGAUUGCUUUAGGAUAAGACAGAAAGCAAAAAUAGCAUGCAAUGCUACAUGGUCCUGGUAAAAGUAGUGCCCAAGCAGGACCUGUGUGAGUAUGCUUUACACCCGUGCUCGUCCUCUGUGUUACCUCAUUUCUUCCUCACAGCAACAUGGUCAGGAGAUACAGCAGCUCCUACAGUCCUUUGCUGGUGAUAGCUUGAGAUAGUGGUAAGGUGCGCGCUUUGCCUGGGGUCAUACUGCCCUCCAGCAGUUCUGCUGGCUCAUACAGAAGAGUGGUGUGUGGCAGGUGCAGGGCAGGAAACUAGAAAGUCAUGAGGUUCUGUCCUGUCCCUCCUGGUGCUGUAGGGUACCCUGUACCAGCAAGAGAUGCUCUUUUUCUUUAUCAGAGUUGGCAAUUGGCGUAUGGGAAUGAACAAGUAAUGAGCGCCAAAUUAUUUGUUCUAACGAGACUAAGUGCCCAGUGCCAGUUUUCGUUUAUUCGUUUGUUUGUUUGUUGGGGGAUAUAGUUACCUGCUGUAACUAGGUUGGACUUUUUUGUCUUGAACCAUGGCUUCCUGAGAGGGUACAGUACUCUGAGUUUAGGCAUUAGUAGUGGACUGUCUGAACCAAAAUGACAGGAAGCAGUGAAAGCCUCCAAUGCAAAGAGGCAGGUCACUCUCCACACGCCCCUCAGAGUCCCUGGGAGCCACCAGGUGAGCUGUGCAGCUUGCAGAAACCUGCAGCUGCAGGCCACCCUCCCUAAGUCAGGUCCCCCUCACAGAAUUGCCCAGGACACUGGGUACCUUCCAAUGGCUGUCCACCAGGCAGGCCAUAUACAAGUCAGUGUGUGCUUGACACUGGUGUGUGCAUGCUGCAGGUGUUCACCUUGGGGUAGGAGCUGUGCUAUGAGCAUUCAUGUUAGGAUCUUGGAUCACUACAGCCUCUGUUCAUGGAUAAAUGCAUUGAAAUGUGUUCCCGGCCGAGCUGUGAGGGCCGCCUUAACCCUUGCUCCCUUCCCUUCUAGAGCUGCCUUAAGUUCACCAGAACUUGUCCUCUGUAAGGGAUAUCUUGCCUGGAGAGGAUAUCUUGCCCUGUUUCUCAAGGUUUUGUGAAGGUUUUGACUGGAUAUGGCCUCCAGCCACUAAUUCCUUUCUCUCCUUUCUGCAUGACCUGCCCCCUCCUAUUACCUUCUCCUGCCUUUCCUUUCUGUCAUUUCCCAACAGGGAUUAGAACUGUGGGGCAGCAACAAGCUCAGAGCCAGAGAAUGUUCCUGAGUUAGUGAGAUUCUGUCACAGGAAGGGAAAGAUCAUGUGGAAGAAGAACAGAAAUAAGUUAGUCUUGGUAAUUUGUGAAUGUCUUUUUCCACUAACCCUUUCUUAAUAAAAGUAAAAGAUACAACUCUUAAAAAUUUUCAUGGACAUUCUUUCAAUACAGAAAGUUGAGUAAAACAGGAAGGUAGUGCUAUCAUCCGUUCUAAUCUGUUACAGUACCCUAAAUCAAACAAAUUAACCUGUAGUUGCAGUGGAUUUCUCAAUAGAGCAAGAACAUAAAAGUACUAUGUAAAAUACCUUCAAAAAUACAUUUUAUACAUUUUUUUAUUUUUAAUUUGGUUUAGCUAAAUAUGUUCAUUAGCUUAACUUAAAGAGUAUUACUAGAUUCAUAAAAUGUCUGAAAAUGACUAACAUUUCCUUGUUAUUGUAAUAUUGCUUGAAAUACUCAAAAGAGAAAAAUCAAAGUGGAAACAGGUAUAUAUAAUUCAGUGCUUAGUAGAUCAGGACAUUUCCAUGCAUUUUUCAGUCGGUACUUCCAGAUAUCUUAUUGCUGGCCUACAUUUUAACCUGUCUAAAUCACAUGAGCCAUUAUUUUUUUUCUGACAAAUGGUGAUUUUUUCGUCAAAGGUGGAUAUGUACAUUGUAAUUUAUGAUUCCUAACUAUGUAUUUUUGUGGGAUCCUGGAGUAACAUUGACUAUUUUAUGUUCUUGAAAAUUUUAAAUUACUCUAACAGUGUUGCACAGAAACAAGCUCAUGACAUCUAACAUAUUGUAUUUUAAUUAUUAAUUGUAUUUAUUAAUUUACUAUGAAAUGGAGUUUUUCAAAUAUUUUUCCUUAGUGGAUCUGCAGAAAUAAUUCUUUGCUCUGCAUAGGAAAAGAUGAUAUAGUUAAUCAAUGAAAAGUACUUAGGUGAAAUAUUCAUCCAUUAAGAAGGAAGCAGAAGUAUCAAGAGGUGAAAGGCAUUACCAACUAACUAUAAUUUUAAACUGAACCCAUUCCAGCAUAUCUCACAUGAUUUUUUUUAGAAUAACUUAAUAAUUCAUCUCAUAUCAACAAAAGCCUUUGAAACAUGGAUUUUCACUAGAUAUCACCUAGAGCUAAAAUGAAAACCAAAACAAUGUCAAAAUGAUAUUUAUGCUCUAAAUAUGUAGUUGUCCAAUGUUGUGCUUAGUAUUUGUGUGUCAUUAAUGCUGUAUUCUCCUAGCUAUAAUAGAAAAUUGUUCAAAUAAAGAUGGAUAUAAAGGAGUUUUGUCAAUGUGUUAUAAGUAA